UACUAUGUAAUUCCAAUUGAAAAACCUUUCAGAUUAAUUUAAGAAUUUUGUUUGUAGACAAAUUUGUUAGAUUUAUUUGAGAUUGCAUUUCGAUAUGAUACCAGCACGCUGUUUGACCACGUGUGAGGACGAUGAAGACUCCAAUUCCCGGGUGGCAUUGAUACUGGGCGAAAAGCCCGUGUGUGGCGAAAAGACGCUGCUCAUGGCGCCCAAGAUCAAGCUGAGCAGUGGCUACGAAAUGCCCGUCUUGGGUUUUGGAACCUAUGCCUUGAAGGGCUAUCAAUGCUUGUCGGCCAUUCAUUGUGCAGUGGAGACGGGUUUCCGUCACUUUGAUACCGCCUACAGCUAUGAGAACGAGAAGGAGGUGGGUGAGGCCAUACGCACCCAAAUUCAGAUGGGAAAUGUUUCCAGGGAGAACAUCUUUCUGACCACCAAGCUUUGGAAUAUACAUCAUGAUCCACGGGAUGUGCGUCGCAUUUGCGAGAAACAGCUGGAUGCUCUGGGCUUCGACUACAUCGAUCUCUAUCUGAUGCACUUCCCUGUGGGCUACAAACACAUGUGCGACGAGAUUCUCACUCCCUUGGAGGGUGACAAGGUGCAAACCACAGAGAUUGACUAUAUUGACACCUGGCGCGCCAUGGAGGAGCUGGUCAAGCUUGGACUGGUGCGUAGCAUUGGUGUCUCUAACUUCAACAUGGAGCAGGUGCAACGCAUUAUACAAUGCAGCUCCUCAAAGCCUGUCGUUAAUCAAGUGGAAAUCUGGCCGGGAUUUAUGCAAAAGGAUUUGGUGGAUUAUUGUCGCUACAAUGGCAUCAUUGUCACUGCUUAUUCGCCUCUUGGUCAACCAAAUCGAGACGAUCAUACACCCAUCUAUUUCUUCUCCGAGGGCAUGAAGCGUCUGGUGAAGCGAUACAAACGCACAGCUUCGCAGAUUGUGCUUCGUUACUUGAUUGAUUAUGGUGUUGUGCCCAUACCCAAGGCUGGCAAUCCCGUGCACAUAAAAGAAAACCUAAACAUUUUCGACUUUCAAUUAAAUGAGAACGAUGUUCGCGCCUUGCGUGGCAUCAAGCCCAAGCCUAGAAUAGUUAAAUAUGAAUCUGUCAAAGAGCAUCCAUUUUAUCCCUUCGAGCAUGAGGAUGAGCAAGAGGAUCAAGAACCGGAACCAGAACCGGAGCGAAAGUCACGUCCGACGAGGCAAACGAUUAAACCGGAGCCAACGGAACAAGAGGUGGACGAGGGCGAUGAAUAGAUGCAUCGAUAGGGGAAAAGGGAAUGAAAAGAUUAAUCUGUUGUAAUCACAUGGUCGUCCAAAAUUGUUGUGUAGCAAAUUAUAAACAAAGUUGAUAAAU